GGGUCUUUUCGCUUACUCACCUCCCUAUUCCCUCCACCUCGUACGCAGCUCCAAAAUAUACUAAAAGACCCAAAAGCUACACAGAAAGGGAAAGAGUGACCAAGUUCAUCACUUUAAUCAAUCAUCAUUCUAAUCAAAUGUAAUUAUCCUUCUUUCUUGUUCCUGUUGUAGAAGGAGUAUUAAAGAGAGUUGUAGAAUCUGCUUUAAAAAAUCCAAGCUUUCAUCUUUUUCCCUUUUCUCUUGCUGGCUCUUGAUGGGAAGACUGAGAUUGAAAUAGGCUGAAGGUCAUAUUCAGAAGAUGGGUGGCAUUUGCUCUAGAAGAUCUGCCGCUGAGAGCACAACAGAUGGUGGCAUUCCACAUAGUAAUGGUGCUGGAGUUGUUUAUCCGUCACAUAGAUUGCCCACACACAUAAAUAGUGAUCCUAUGCAAUCUCCGGCUGGGGAAAGCACUGAUAACCAACUAAGUGAAUCAGCAUUAUCUUUUCCUGAGGUGAAUAGGAUUUCCCGUGGGGCUCCUAUGGAUGAUAUUUAUGAUGGAAUUCCAAGAUUGUCCAGAGAUUUAUCUAAUAAAUCUACAUCAACAAGGUCAAAGCAAGUUGCAAUUGCAAAGGUUUCGGAAGUAAGUUCACUGUUGGGGAGAGCUGGUACAGCAGGGUUCGGUAAAGCAGUAGAUGUGUUGGACACACUGGGUAGCAGCAUGACAAAUUUAAAUCUAAGUAGCGGUUUUGCGUCAAGCAUGGCAACAAAGGGAAUUACAAUAUCAAUUCUGGCAUUUGAAGUUGCAAACACCAUUGUCAAGGGGGCCAAUCUUAUGCAUUCCCUUUCACAAGAGAAUAUUAAGCAUUUGAAGGAGGUGGUUCUUCCUUCAGAAGGUGUGCAGCUAUUGGUAUCAAACGAUAUGGAUGAACUCUUGAGAAUUGCUGCAGCAGACAAGAGGGAUGAACUGAAAAUAUUCUCUGGUGAAGUGGUUCGUUUUGGAAAUCGCUGCAAAGAUCCUCAAUGGCACAACUUGGACCGUUAUUUUGAAAAGUUGGAAUCUGAACUGACACCUCAUAAACAAUUGAAAGAAGAAGCAGAGGCUGUAAUGCAGCAGCUCAUGAUUUUGGUUCAAUAUACAGCUGAGCUAUACCAUGAAUGUCAUGCAUUGGACAGAUUUGAACAAGAUUAUAGGCGUAAAGUUCAAGAAGACGAUACUUCAAAUGCUACUCAGAGAGGAGAUAGCCUUCCAAUUUUAAGGACAGAGUUGAAAAGUCAAAGGAAGCAUGUCAAAAGCUUGAAAAAGAAAUCCCUCUGGUUCAAGAUAUUGGAAGAGGUGACGGAGAAGCUAGUGGACAUUGUGCAUUUCCUUCAUUUGGAGAUCCAUGCUGCAUUUGGCUACGCUGAUGGAGAUAGACCUGUGAAAAACAACCACGAGAGGUUGGGAUCUGCUGGUCUUGCAUUGCAUUAUGCAAAUAUCAUCAGUCAGAUUGAUAUACUUGUAACUCGACCAGGGACAAUUCCCCCAAGUACAAGAGAUGCUCUAUACCAAGGGUUGCCACCAAGCAUAAAGUCAACUUUACGUUUCAAAUUACUGUCAUUCUCACUCAAGGAAGAGUUGACAGUCCUGCAAAUCAAAGGUGAAAUGGAGAAAACAUUGCAGUGGCUUGUACCCAUGGCAACCAAUACUACCAAGGCCCACCAUGGCUUCGGAUGGGUUGGAGAAUGGGCAAAUACAGGGUCCGAAAUAAGCAGGAAACCUGCUAGCCAAGUUGAUCUUCUUCGAAUCGAGACAUUGUAUCAUGCAGAUAAGGAUAAAACAGAAGCAUUUAUUCUUGAAUUAGUGGUGUGGCUCCAUCAUCUUGUCAGUCAGUCAAGAAUUGCUGCUAAUGAUGGAGUAAGAUCUCCAAUCCGUUCCCCUAAUCAAAAGUUGAUUCAGUUCUCUACCCACAAACCAAGCUCUCCAUCUUCUCCGUUAACGGUUGAAGACCAAGAAAUGCUUCGUGAUGUGAGCAAGAGAAAACUAACUCCAGGGAUUAGCAAGUCUCAAGAAUUUGAUACUGCAAAAACAAGGUUGAGCAAGUACCACAGGCUAAGUAAGAGCAGUAGCCAUUCACCUGUAAGUGAAACCAGGAAAGACCCCUUUCCUAUCAGGAGACCCUCUUCUGUUCCAGUGAUCGACUUUGACAUUGACCGGAUGAAAGCUUUGGAUGUCAUUGACAGAGUGGACACAAUUCGAGGUGCUUAACAGUACAACAUUCGACUGCAUUGCCAACUCGGAUAUCAUGUGCAUAGUGGUAUAGUAGGAUACUAAAUUGGCAAAACGGAAAUGGAGUAUCUUUUAACUGGACAUCGGCUCUACUGUGAUGGUACAGCAGCCCUAAUGCAUCAACAAAUCAUCUUCAUCAUCUUCCCUUGUAGUAUGGUCUAUUUACGUUAGGGAACCGGAUAUUAACGCGUAGAGGAUCAGAGAUUUGUUGUAAUGCAAUAUUUCCAGUAUAUUCAGGGUGCUGCGGCGAGUGGAAAUGAUUUUUCUUCUAUUUUUGUUUUCUUAGAGGAAAAAUGGGGGGCAUGGUGGGUAGGUGGGUGGGGAAGAAGGUAGAGUUGAGUCCUUUUUUUGUGGAGAGAAAUGUAUCUUAAAUUGCUAUUAUCUUAUGUACAUUGUUUUAAAUAAUUAAAAGUUGGGAUUUUUACCUA